UUUGACGUUUGUGGUUAUAUGUUUUGAAACUAGUUGUACUAUCCUUCAAUAUAAUAUAUUCUAAGGCUACUGUUUAACGCCAUAUCUUCAAAUGAUCUAUUUUUAGUAGUUAAAGUAAGUUUUUCAGGUAAAUGUUAAGAAAAAAUUGGUUACAAUGGAAAUAUUGGAGUUAAAGGACAUCAAAACAGUUCCAGAUCCAAUCCAUCAGUAUCCAAAAUAUGCCAGAGAAGGAGAUGUCCCAAUUGUUAUAGAUAAUGGUUCUUAUAAUUGUCGAAUUGGAUGGGCAGUUUCAGAAAGUCCUCUGUUGAUAUUUAAAAACUUAAUUGCAAAGCCCAGGAAAGAGAGGGGCAAAAAAGAUGGAGAGACUCAAGUCGGAAAUGACAUUGUGAACAUUGAAGCAGUAAGAUUUCAACUUAAAACUCAGUUUGAUCGUAAUGUUGUGACACAUAUUGAUGUUCAAGAACAAAUUUUUGAUUACACUUUCUUCCAUUUGGGCAUUGACACUGAAGGUUACGUCAACCAUCCUAUUGUGCUUACUGAGGCAGUCCUCAACCCCAACUACAGUAGAAUGUUGAUGUCAGAGCUGUUGUUCGAGUGUUACCACGUCCCAGGGGUGGCUUACGGAGUGGACUGUCUGUACAGUCUUAGCCGCAAUGGGCUGCGGGAGGGGUCGAGCCUUGUAGUGAGUCUGGGUUACCAGAGCACUCACGUGCUGCCGGUUCUUGAUGGAACAGUUGACUGGGCACGUGCACGCAGGCUCGAUGUCGGAGGUUCCCACAUUACCGCCUACCUCCACCGUCUGCUGCAGCUGAAGUACCCAGCACACUUCGCCGCCAUCACACUCAGCAGGGCCGAGGAACUGCUACAUGAACACUGUUACAUUGCCAAAGAUUAUGGUGAGGACUUGAACAACUGGAGCUGUGAGGAACACUAUGAGCAGCAUGUUCGCAGGAUACAAUUACCGUACUCAGUGGGCCUGAGCACAGAGCAGCAACGGGAACGGAGGAAAGAACUGGCUCGGAGACUAAUGGAGAUCAAUGCCCGUAAACGGGAGCAAAAAUUGGCAGAAGACGAGGAGCAACUCAAUCAGCUAUUAGCUGUCCAAGAAAUGGCUGACGAAGGAAAUGAGCAAGAGUUACAGAGAGCUUUAAAACUCUUCAACCUAUCUUCACCUGAUGACUUACAGAAGCUUGUAGAUCAGGUCCAAGUUAGGAUUGAGCGAACUAGACAGAAAAUAGUGACUGCUAACACUGCAGAAGAGUCUAAUAUUGAACAGGAACCAAAGCCAAAAGUGAGCAAGUAUGUUACAACACCAAGAGAUGAAGAGGAUCUCCAACAGUGGGUAGUUGGAAUAAAAAAGAAGAGGCAAGAGCUUUUAGAACGAAGAAAUGCACGUCGUCAGAGACGACAAGAUAUGGCUCGAAGACGAACAGUUGCUGCCCAGGAACGUAUGCGGUUAAUUAAUCAGUUGGCUCGCAAAGAAAAAAAAGAUGAUGACUUUGGGAUGAGAGAUGAAGAUUGGGAUGUAUACAAAGCCAUAAACAAGGAGGGAGGAGAUACAGAUAGUGACGAAGAGACUGAGAAGUUGUUAGAACUUGAAGAGAUACUGAGGUGUCAUGACCCGAUGUUUGAAGGGAACAAUGAUCAGUCUGCCACUCCUGGAGAGGCCCACCAGCUGCACGUUGGCGUGGAGAGAGUGCGAGCUGCAGAAGUGCUGUUUCAACCAUCCAUGAUAGGCUCUCAUCAGGCAGGACUAGCAGAGACUAUCCAGUUUGUGCUGAAGUGCUAUGAUGAACCCACAGCUAACGCAUUGGUUAGCACAGUUUUCCUCACCGGUAGCUGUGCUCUAAUACCUGGUCUUUCCGACAGAAUCGUCAAGGAACUGAGAGAAAUGAGACCGUUUAAGUCUAAGUUUUCUGUACAAAUAGCUUCGGACCCGGCUUUAGACGCUUGGAUGGGUGCCAGGGAUUUUGCACUUGAUCCUGAUGUUCUAGACAAUUGCAUUUCACGGCAAGAAUAUUUAGAUAAAGGUGGUGAAUACCUGAAAGAACACAGGACUUCAAAUAUGUACUGUCCAUCGCCAGUUCCUUUGAAACUGGUUGAUACCAUCAAUAUUUCAACUGCAGUUGUACAGGAAGAAAUAGAAGUAGAUAUAAUGUAGUAUUAUGAAUCAUUCUAUCAUUGUAAAAUGUAUUUUGUUAAUUGACAGGGAAAUCAGUAGGCCCGUCUUGACAACUUCCUUCUAGGGUCCACCUAUUUAAAAGAAACACAUAAAAGCACACCUAUUUAGAAAUUUUCGAUUGCAGUGCUAGUUCCUAGGCUGAUUUUCGUAUCAAUUAACAAAUUCUUGGUUUUUAGCCCUUAAUUUUAAUGUAAAGGUAAAAGGUCAGGUAUUUAUUAUGAAUUAAAGACGAACUGAGAUUGA